GCUCGUGCAAUCAUCAUUCAUGUAUAUAAUGCGAGCAAGAACAAUAGGUGAAUCGCAUUGGAUUGCUGCAUAAGGGAGAUUGAAAUUCAAAAAAAGAUAGAUCAAGAUGAAAAUCGAGAUAGUUGUGGUUGCAACUCUAUUGCUUGCCUGCAUCAAAUUAGGUGAAGCUUCGUAUGACGAACAAAACGAGAUUCAUGUAGGAGGAAAAGUUCUAUGCCAAGAUUGCAGCAAGAACUGGAACGAAUGGGUCCGUGAGGGUAAACCCAUCAAGGGAUGUAAGGUUUCGGUAACAUGUAUGGAUGAAUCUUACCGACCCAUAUACUAUGCAAGCGACUUAACAGACGAACAAGGCGAGUUUGAGAUGAUUAUAAACAAAAAGAACAAAAGAGGAAAGGAUUUGAAGAAUGAAUCAUGUAAAGUAAGGCUUGUUUCAUCGCCCGAUAAGGCUUGCAAUGUUAUGACGGAUUUUGCAGGUGGAAAAUCUGGUGUGCGUUUGACUCAUCCUUCCGCUAUGUUUAGAAAUACAAUCAGAUAUACACUUGGCCCUUUCUAUUUUACAACUCCAAUGUGUGUCGAACCUGACGAUACUUACUCCUCUGCAUCUGACGAAGGUUACGGAAGACCCAAGUACUAGAUAGAUCAUUGCAAUGAGAUUUAAUUUUUCUGUUGUCUUCUCUCUUUUUUAUUUUUUUUUGUACCCUGAAUUUCUAAUUGUAAUUGAAUGCGUAA